AUGAGGGUGAAGCAAAAACGACACGUGUGCAUCCUUCUGCCCAACAAGCAGCACCUGGAAUGUACAGUCGGGAUGCGGGCCAGAGGCCAAGAGGUGUUGAACAGUGUGUUGAAGCAGCUUGGUGUCAGUGAUCUCCAAGUCUUUGGCCUGGCAGUUCUCAGAGAUAAUGAAUACCUCUUUCUUGAUUUGGAACAUAAGCUGAGCAAGUACUUUGACAAAAGAUGGAGUAGAAGAUCUUUGAUGGUCCCAUUCAUCUUGUUUCUGAGAGUGCAGUAUUAUGUUGAGAGUGGGCAGCUAAUAAUGAGCAGCAAAGUGCAGCAGCUCUACUACAGGGAGCUGAGGCAGAAGGUGCUGUGCUCACAGAGCCGCCAUCAGGAAGCUCUGCUCUUCCAGCUGGCAGCGUCUGCGCUCCAAGCUGAAGUCGGAGAUUUGGAGCAGAGAGAAGGGAGUGAUGAAGAAGUGGAGGAGGAGGGAGAGGAGAAAAGACAGGAGCAAAAACACAGACAUUACUUUCUUGUUGAAGAUUACUUUCCCUCCUGGAUGAUUAAGCGUCGUGGGAGAGAGUACCUGCUCCAAAAUAGUCCAGUGUUACACUGUGAGCUGAGAGGUGUGUCUCACAGCCAAGCCAUCCUGCAGUUUAUAAAAGAUGCCAGCAGCCUGCAGGAUGGACCAGUCACCUUCUACAGGAUGAGACAGGGGAAAAAAGAGCUUAAAUGUUCAAUCCUUCUUGGUGUUACAUUGAAAGGAGUACAUAUUUAUCAGGAAGUGGAGGGGAAGCAGUCUCUGUUGUACGAUUUAUCCUGGACUAAUAUAGACUGCUUGACUUUCCAGGGCUGCAGGUUUGAAAUCCAUGCAGUAGGCUCUCUGUGCCUCCCCAAGCUGCUGUAUUACACUCAUUCAGCUUUCCACUCCAAACAUGUCCUGAAGCACCUCUGCGACAGUCACAGACUCCACAUGAACACCAGAGAAGCAGUCAGCUACAUCCAGCAGCUGGAAGCCAUGCAAGGUCAUCAGUUCUACAAAGAGGCCUACAUCUGUGACACAGCACGUCUAAGACAGAGACUCCGCUGCAACAGCCUCACAUCCUCUAUGUCUGACUGCAGCCUUGCAGUGGAAACAACCACACACACCUGGACCAUAGACGAUGAGGAUGAGGAUGAGGAGGAGGAGGAUGUCUAUGUGACAGAGUUUGAGCUGUGUGUGGAUGAUCCAGAGGAAGUUUUUGUUGACAACCCAGCCGAGGUGUCCUGGCUGGCUGAGCUGCUACAUGGUGUACCUGUUGAUGGACGCAUGGUGUUGCCCCCUUCCUGUUGGGAAGCUGUCACCAAGGAAAUGAAACAGGUUUUGAAGAGGAGAGUUGAUGAGGGCGUUUCUGUGGACUAA